AUGUCAAGCGACCCGUCUGAGAUCGGCACGCUCAUCGUUGUGAUACUCAAAGCACGAAAUCUACCAAACAAGCGCCAUCUAGGCAAGCAGGCGCCAUACUGCACCGUCCAGUUCAACGGGGAGACGCGACGGACGAAGGUCAUCAAGCGCGGCGGCCAGCACCCAGAGUGGGAUGAGGAAGUCCGGUUCACGAUCUUCGAGGAUGACGCGACGGCGGGUCUGAACGACGGUGAUGCGCCUCCACCGCCUCCGAAGGAUGGUCGACCGCGGAAGAUCAAGGGCGGGAAGAUGAUGCACAUGUGCUGCUUUGCGGACGAUCCCAGAGAGCCAGACCUUAUUGGCGAUUGCAAGGUCGACUUGACUGAGGUGUUCACCAAGGGCGAGACAGACGAAUGGUUUACGCUCAACCAUAAAGAUCGCUACAGUGGAGAGGUAUAUCUCGAGUUGACUUUUUGGUCCAACGCGCCUCCACCGCAGAAAAAGGCUGUACCCAUAAACCCGGCGUAUCAGCGGGAGUAUGGUGGCACCGGCGAGUUCAUGCCGCUUGCGGACGAUUCCUACUCGAGCGAUGGCGGCUACGAGCCACAGCUCAACGCCAGUAGCUCUCGCAAUGGUUAUGAGACGAUACGGCCGUCAAACUCCUCUGCUAGGAUACCUCUUUACCAGCCUUCGUAUGAGCCGAGAGCGGAGAUCAGGGAAGGUUCGGUGGAUCGUCUUGUCAAUGACUUCGGCGAGCUGGGCGUGGGCGAUCAUGCAAGACGAAGCAGCACGUAUCCUCCUCUGAACACUGAUUACACCGGGUACAAUGGGACGAUGGGAUCUGUGAUGUCUACUCAAAGCUGGCAUUCUGACCAAGGACCGACCAUCGACGGACGCCCUAGUCAUUAUCAGAGGACACAACGGAUGUCUGAUGCUUCAGCUCGACCAUAUACGCCAUAUCAAGCUCCCUACGAAACUGGUGCAGCUCCGCUACCUCCCUCAUCGAGCUUCUCUCAACAGCCGCCUCCUGCACGGCGUCCCCGCUACAGCAUGCCUGUUGCGUCAUCUGGGUUUGUGCCCGUGGGACCGGGCACAGAACCGUCGAGCUUCAUGCAAGCGGCACAGAUGGCACCCGAUAUGACUGGCUUCCAGCCACCGCCUUCAAGAAUGUCUAUGUCCAGUUAUGCACCAUCGGUCCCGGGUACACCAGCGCCUCCUCCCAGUAGAGGGCCACGCCAUUCGCACUCGCCUAUGCCAAGCUCGUCCUUCGCGCAUCUUCCAGCCCAGUCGCCUGCGCCUUCUCUGCCCUCGUCAAUAACAGCGCCUGGGCAUCUCAGCCAAAUGCAGUCCUACGGGACACCGCCUGGAGUUCCUUUUCCACAGCAGCCAGGAUACGGGCCGCCUCCUCCGUCUUCGGCACCACCCGUGCAGUAUCCACCACCACCUCCGUCUACGCUUCCUCCUGUGCCACACUCGGCACCGCCUCCAAUGGGCUAUCAGAAUGGCGCCCUCCCUCCGCCGGCUUCGCAUGUCAUGCCACCCACGCAGGUGCCCGGAUCGAGACCGCUUCCUCUGCCUCAGGGCGCUCCUCCGCUGCAAGGAUCGCAUUCUCUGCCUACGCCCCCAGGCCCUCCAGGCCCUCUGGCACCGUCGUCGUCGUUCGACGGCAUUCCACCACCACCUCCUUUGCCUUCGGCCAGCCCAUCGUCACUAUCGCUCGGCCCACCGAUACCAUCAUCUGUCCCACCACCUCCGGGCCAGCGCGUACCCUCCGGCCGUCCCAGCCUUCCUCUUCCCCCACCAGGAUCAUCGCCCUCCGGACACAUGCCAGCGUCCGCAUAUGAGUCCGGCCCUCCGACCUCGCGUCGAUCAAGUUCGCAGCAUCUCGCGCUGCAACAGCAACCUCCGGCGCUCCCGCCUGCACCGCCGUCUCUGAACUCGCAACCGCAGUACGCGUACCCGGGUCCGCCGCCUCGUCCACCCACUCAAAUGCUGGCGCCGCCCGGCGCGGGCCCCCAAUAUUCGCAGGGCGGAUACUAA